CAGACCUUCAUGUGGUUCAGAUGAGGGAACACAUAGAGCGACCUACAUCUCUCUACUGUAAAUGUGUGCAGCUGUGGAUUGUGCUGGCAUUUACUCCGAAUCAAAUGCAAAGAAUCAAUUUACAGGAUUUGGAACUUCACUCUAGAUUUUUACUCACAAGCAAUGCUGUGUUUAGGAGAUUCUACUGACUGCCUCCGGGACCAGAUGCAGUGCAUGAUGAGAUCCUUGCAGGACCUGAAGCAGAUAAGCAGGCCGAGGCCACUGAGUGAACCAUGUGCUCGGUCCUUCGCUGUGACACGACUCUGCAAACAGAGGGCAAAGCAAGAGCGACUCACCCGUCUACGUGUUUCUGACGCCAGUGAAACCAGCACGUAUGACUCUGCCUGCUGCCUGGCCAGCCCCCUGGAGGAAGAGGAAGAGCAUCAGCAGCAUGAGCGCUUGGCACAAGGCUCCCCAAGCAGUGAAAAGAGUCUGGACUUUGACUCGGGUUACUCUGAGGCUUCUUGGCAAGAUGAAGGUGUGGUACUAAGGAGGACCAGGAAUGUCCGAGUAUCCUCUUCUGCCUGCCUCCGCACCAACAGAGGACCUUCUGGCCGGAUCCGGCCCAAAUCGACUUCGGACGCUUGCCUGGAGUGCUGGACCUCAUUUGAGGCCAGUAACCCGGAGGACUGGACAACAUCGCUGCUGAGCCGCAGCAGAAACAGACAACCUCUGGUUCUUGGGGACAACAGCUUUGCUGACCUAAUAAAGAAUUGGAUGGACCUACCAGAGUGUCCUGAGCCAGCAGAACCAAAGCCCAAUGCCGGCCGCCGCCUUGCCAAAGACAUUUUGAUCAACAUGCGGCGGAGACUAGCAGGAAUGUCUAAAGGUGUGGAGGUGAGGCCGAGGCCCGCAGACUCCACACGGCUCAGCAGGGCUGCAGAGGCUCCCAAACGGAUGUCCUGCCCAGUGGGACUGCAGGCUCUUAAACCCUUCUUUCACCAGUCCCACACGGGCCUUCAUCAACCGGACACCGACUUCUACCAGUUCACUGCUCUAAUGAAGACAGGCAGCCGGCAACCCAUAUGCAAUGACAUUAUUGGAUACAUUUAGGUGAUGCUGUACCGCCGGACUGAUUAUAAACAGAAAUGUGAAUAAAAUUGUUCUAUUUUCAUAAUUGGAUUUUGUCCACAAUGUUGAUACAUCUGGAAUAAAAGUUUAUUUUGGAUUUAAUGAAA